CCGGGAAGCGGCGCCCUCAGCUCUGCGAGCGGCCGCUGGGAGCGGAGGCAGCAGCGGGCUUCGGGGCCGCCCGGGUCGGUGCUGCUCUGCUGCCCGGGAGCUGGAGACCGGCGGAGGCGGGCGGUGAUGGAAGUGUGAGGAGGCGGAGACGGGGCCCGGGGACUGUGAGGCGGCGCGUGGCGGCGGCGCGGAGCGUGAGAGGCGAGGAGCAGGGGUGGGGGCGCUGGAGCAGCGGCUUGGAGCCCCGCUCCCCUGCCCCCCGACGCGGAAUUGGCCGCCGGCCUCGCCUCGGGUGGACGCCUGUCGACCCCUUCAGCCCGGUCCUCCGCCACUCGGCCCGCCGAGGGGCUGGGGGCAGUGUGCCGGGGGCCGCGUGCGGCUUGGCUCUCUGAUUCAUUCAUUCUCCGCGGACGGGAGCCUGAGACCUGCGGUGCUCCGAAGAGAGGAGGAAAGAGGGGGCAGCAGCGAAUGAAGGGCCGGGCGCGAGCGGGGCUCCUUUGUGCUCGGCGGCGGGGGGCAGGAAGGGGCUGAGGGAGGUGGGAUCGGGCCCCCUCCCCCUGCUCUCUGGCGUGCGCUGCGCCCCCAACCUGCUGCCAGCCUGGAAAUGGCUCCGUUUAUUCUCCUCGGGAGAAUGAAUCGAUCCUGCCCUGUCUUCUCUUCCUCUUCCCCGCCUCCUCUCUGCUCCGAGUCUUAGGAGGGGAGAAAUUUGAAAGACAGAUUCCAAUGUGGAGUGCCAUGCACGUCGCGAGCUGCCGGGUUUGCACUUCGGGGAGAUUUUUCUAUAUAGCUUUUUCUAAUGUGAGCGCCGGGAAGCAGCGGCAUUACUGCUUGUAGGAUUUUUAUUUUCUCGUAGAGAUCUCUAAAGCGCACGUCGCAUUGGGUUGCACGCUCCACCCCCAAGGACUUGGUGUGGUAGAGAAAUUUGAACCCGCAGCCUUAGUAGCACCGAAAACACCGAGUUACCUGGCUCACCGUGAGUGUGGAGGAUUUGAGCGAAAUGACCACCGAACUCAUUUUUUGUAGGACUCCGUGAAGCUGGAUUCUGCGUUUUCCUACACUUAGACUCCUUUUGUGGAAUAGAAUUGACCGCUGUCUCUUCCGCGCAACAUUUUAACUCUAAUAAGCAAAUGCCACCUUUGUUUGAACAUUUUGGAAUUUACGGGAGAGAAAUCAUUUUACCUAAGGGGACUAAUUGAAUUGUCAGCAUUACUGAAAUACCUCCAGAAAAGGACUUCGCGGGGUGGAAAAGCAACUGCGAAAUAGACGGAGAAAUUCCUUUGGAAGUUAUUCAGUAUCAUAAGAGCAGAAACUUCAGAGCAAGUUUUCACUGGGCAAAAUGGGGGAACAACCCAUCUUCAGCACUCGUGCUCAUGUCUUCCAGAUUGACCCAAACACAAAGAAGAACUGGGUACCCACCAGCAAGCACGCAGUUACUGUGUCUUAUUUCUAUGACAGCACAAGAAAUGUGUAUAGGAUAAUCAGUUUAGAUGGCUCAAAGGCAAUAAUUAAUAGCACCAUCACCCCAAACAUGACAUUUACUAAAACAUCUCAGAAGUUUGGCCAGUGGGCUGAUAGCCGGGCAAACACUGUUUAUGGACUAGGAUUCUCCUCUGAGCAUCAUCUUUCAAAAUUUGCAGAAAAGUUUCAGGAAUUUAAAGAAGCUGCUCGACUAGCAAAGGAGAAAUCACAAGAAAAGAUGGAACUUACCAGUACACCUUCACAGGAAUCAGCAGGCGGGGAUCUUCAGUCUCCUUUAACACCAGAAAGUAUCAAUGGGACAGAUGAUGAAAGAACACCUGAUGUGACACAGAACUCAGAGCCAAGAGCUGAACCAACUCAGAAUGCAUUAUCAUUUUCACAUAGUUCAGCAAUCAGCAAACAUUGGGAGGCUGAACUGGCUACCCUCAAAGGAAAUAAUGCCAAACUUACCGCAGCCCUGUUGGAGUCUACUGCCAACGUGAAACAAUGGAAACAGCAACUCGCUGCGUAUCAAGAGGAAGCAGAACGUCUACACAAGCGGGUGACUGAGCUUGAAUGUGUUAGUAGCCAAGCAAACGCAGUGCAUACUCAUAAGACAGAAUUAAAUCAGACAAUACAAGAACUGGAAGAGACACUGAAAGUGAAGGAAGAGGAAAUAGAAAGAUUAAAACAAGAAAUUGAUAAUGCCCGAGAACUACAAGAACAGAGGGACUCUUUGACUCAGAAAUUACAGGAAGUAGAAAUUCGGAACAAAGACCUGGAGGGACAACUGUCUGACUUAGAGCAACGUCUGGAGAAAAGUCAGAAUGAACAAGAAGCUUUUCGCAAUAACCUGAAGACACUCUUAGAAAUUCUUGAUGGAAAAAUAUUUGAACUAACAGAAUUACGAGAUAACUUGGCCAAGCUACUAGAAUGCAGCUAAGGAAAGUGAAAUUUCAGUGCCAAUCGAUUAAAAAAUACACUGUCUCUCUUCAUAGGACUGUUUGGGGCUCUGCUUCAAGAUUGCACACAAAAAAAUUAAAUAUCACUCCUCCAGGAGGAGGAUCUUUUGAAAAUUGGAAUUGUAUAUUUCAAUGUAAAUUUUAGAAUCCAGCUUGUAGCUAGGUUGAGGAAAAAAGAGAUGAAACACUUGAACUACAAAUUACCUCCAUGUAUAUUAUUGGCCAUAGUUAACUAGAAAAUUAUAGACACUUAAUGCAAUCUUUUUUUCCUGAUAUUAGCCAAUGGGAGAAUUCACAAUGUCUGGGUCACAUCCCCUUUUUGUGUUCAACACAGUGAAAGCUAUCUGCUUUCUAAAUUAAUUUAUUUAUGAUAUCUAAAGCUGUGUUCUGUGCAAAAACUUAGUGAUGAAAGCCCUGUCUUUUGUUGUAAUCUAAAUAAUUUCUCAGGAUAUUUUUGCACUGCUGAGAAACAGUGCCAUUACCAGUUAAUUCUUGCCAGGAGUGAGAGAGCGCUGCAUCUUUGAUUGAAACACACUUACUAUAACUGGCUGUAUAGUGUUCUUCCCUUUUUUUAUACUGGAAGAUACAUCACUCUGGUGACCACUCUGGUACACUCUGGUGUUCUCUAAUCUUGUCUGCUGUAUAGUUUACUUUUCCAUACUGAUUCCAUGUAUUUAUGAGAAGAUAUUGUCUCCCAUUUUAUUACACAUUUUAAAGCCAACUAAUGAAGGCAGCUGAGUCCCUCAGAAAUUUUUCUUUUUAAAUUUCUAAUAAAUUUGACACAGUACUGAAACACAGCAGCCCGUCACUGACGGUCUGCUCUAGCAAUGUUAAGUAUAUUUACAGAAUAUGCAGUUACAUUUAUUUAUAUAUUUUGCAAGAAAUCUUUUCUGAACGAUCAAUGCAUUUCAAUUUACAGAUAAUUAUGGUUAUUGGGGAACUGUUUAUUAUUGAUCACUUUAAGGUGUAUAGCUAUUUUAAAGGGGAUCCAUUUCCAUCAAACAGCCAAUCAGAGGACUAUUGGGAUUGGGGCCGUGUGCUCUGUCUGGGGCUUCACGUCAACCACAUUUCUAGUCAAACCUCACAAGGCAAUAUUCUGAACUGUUAAAUAGGCAUUUCAAAACAGGAAUUCAAUUCAAUAGGCUCUUCUCAGUAAACAGGUUUUAAUGUUGUUUUGAUGUAAUUUUAAAAGACUUUUAGCAAAGAUGCUUUUCUUUAUUUCUUUCUUUGAAGAAGCUAUUUUAAAAGUAAGCCAAGUGCUGUCUAGUCUGCUUAUGGAGUAGGAAUUGCAUUAGAGUCCAUAUAUUCUUGCUGUACAAUGCCUGUGAUUUUGAGGAGGGUUCUUUUUUAAAGUGUAUGCUUGAGUGUCUGACUCUAUGGAGUCUACAAAAUGCACUGACUUUUUGUUUGUACCCCCAAAAGAUUGAAUUGUUAAGUACAAAAUUAAGCUAAUUAAUCAAUUUGUAACCAUUUUUUCACUCACAGCUAUUCAACAUAGACAGUUUUGUUUUAUAUAUAUGUAUGUGUAUGUAUGUAAAUACAUACAUAUUAAUUUAUAUUAGAGUGAAAAAUAAAUGGUUUGUUUCUAAAGUUAGUUUCUAAACUGAGUUUUCAGGUGUCUCUGAAAAGUUUAUAUCAGACAUUUAAUCAUCAUGUAUUAUAUGUGCUAGAACAUCACGUAAGUUACCUCCAUCUAUUUUAGGAUACUUUCCUCACCUAUGUAUUAUAGGGAGGAUAAUUUAGCUACACAAGCUCAGAGCUGAGAUAGUUCUCUAAUAAAUCAGGUAAUAAAAUUUAUUUGAUUGAUAGAAUUUUGAAGUAGAUGUGAUUUUAUCCAUCAGUUUCUGAGUAACAAAGAGCACCAGAUUUUGAUUUAAAUAGAGGAUUUAACUCUAGGGAUCAGGGAAUGUAGUUAUGAAGAGUUAAAAAAAAAAAGUGUAAGCUGUUGAAAUGAUAAGUGAAUUAUUUUAAUGACGUAUGAAAAUAUUUUUAAAUUUUGACAUAGUUGUUAUUUAAUGGGAAAAUAACUCAUCAAAAUGUCUCCACUUGUAUUGAUAUGUGAGACGUGUGUAAUUCAAUAUAUACAUAUGCCCAUAUGUAUAUACAGAAAAUUAUUUUUAAUAUUUUCCUACUGAUAUGAAAUUUAAAAUUGGAAAUUUUGUGAGUUUUUUCCUUGUCCAAUAGAGCCUAAUUUCUUCUUCUUUUUUUUUUUAAUAGUGAUUUCACAAUUUCUUGAGGGCUGCACCUUUAAAUUCCCAGAUUGUCAUUAGACGUGUAUAGUAUAUGGGAUAAGGUGAACACAAGUGCACAUAUAAAUAAAAUCUUAUUAAGAUUAUUUUAAACAUUAAUUUACAAUAGGAGAGUAUCUAGAAUCAUCAUCUACAAGUCAUAAUUAGGUUGUGUGCCUACUGUAGUUUUCUUCAUUUCUGUAUUAUAUAAAUAAAGUUUGAAUAUUAAAAUUUGAUUUUCCCAGA